GUGACAUUAAGUGAAGAUUGCAAUAAGGAAGUCAUCUUUUGUAUCGCCCGUUUCCAAAAUCUUCCUUCCUUUGUAGAAUUUCGUAAAUCAUCAGGAUUUGUUAAAGUGCGCCUCCAAAACCCCCCACUGACCCUUCUCACUCUUUCCAGCGGUUUCCCAUCUCUCUCUCUCUCUUUUGCAGACAUUCAUCACGAUGCAUCAAGGCUAUCAGAAUGCCGAUUUGGCUCAGCUUCAAGCAACCAUGCAAGCAAUCGAAUUCGCCUGUAGUUCUAUUCAGAUGCAUAUGAAUCCAGCAGCAGCUGAGCAAACCAUUUUGUCACUUAACCAGUCUCCUCGGCCUUACCAGGCAUGCAAAUAUAUUCUGGAAAAUUCUCAGUUGGCAAAUGCUAGGUUCCAGGCUGCUGGAGCAAUUCGAGAUGCAGCUUUAAGGGAAUGGGUAUUCCUUGAGGUUGUUGACAAGAGAGGGUUGAUAAGCUUUUGUUUUCACUCUGCUAUACAACAUGCUAGUUCACCUGAGGGCUAUGUUCAAGCAAAAGUUGCAUCUGUAGCUGCCCAGUUGAUAAAAAGGGGCUGGAUAGAAUUCAGUGCUGCUCAGAAGGAGGCAUUUUUCCUCGAGGUGAGACAGGCGAUAGUUGGAAGCCAUGGUCUUGAUGUGCAGUUCAUUGGAUUGAACUUUCUGGAAUCUUUGGUAUCUGAAUUUUCACCAUCUACUUCAACUGCUAUGGCUCUUCCUAGGGAGUUUCAUGAGCAGUGCCGAGUGUCUUUUGAGUUAGAAUAUCUAAAGUUGUUUUACUUCUGGGCACAAGAUGCUGCUGUUAGUGUCUCCAAUAAAAUAGCUGAAUCUGAUUCUGCCAUUCCUGAAGUUAAAGUUUGUACAACAGCAUUGCGUCUGAUGCUUCAGAUCCUCAACUGGGACUUUAAAUGUGUUGCAAAUGUGCCCGACAAUGCAAAACGAGCCAUCGACAUUUUCUCUGCUGGGGUAAGGGAUGAUCUAAGCUCUCCUAAGAGGACUGAGUGUAACCUAGUGCAGCCUGGAUCCUCCUGGCGGGGUAUACUUGUGUCAAGUGGCCACAUCCGGUGGCUUUUGAGCUUUUAUGAGGCACUGAGGCAGAAGUUUUCAUGUGAAGGAUACUGGAUUGAUUGUCCUCUUGCAGUCUCUGCUCGAAAGCUUAUAGUGCAAUUCUACUCCUUGUCAGGAACAAUAUUUCCAUCUGAUGAUGGUAAUACUCAAAAACAGCACCUUCUGCAUCUCUUAUCUGAAAUUAUACCAUGGAUAGAUCCGCCUGAUGUUGUUUCAAAAUCAAUAGAGAAUGGCAAAAGUGAAAGUGAAUUCCUUGACGGAUGCCGAGCCCUACUAUACAUGGCAACUGUAACCACCCUGCCAGUAUUUGAUGAACUGCUGAAGUCUAUAAGGCCUUAUGGCACUCUUAGUUUGUUGUCCACCUUGACGUGUGAAGUCAUUAAAGACCUUAUGGCAAACCACACUGAAGAGGAGACGUGGAGCUGGGUAGCACGUGAUAUCUUGUUGGAUACUUGGACUACACUUCUGAUGCCUUUGGAUGGUUCUAUUAGCCAUGCGGUUAUUCCUUCAGAAGGGAUUAGUGCUGCAUCUCAUCUCUUUGCCCUGAUUGUAGAGUCUGAGCUAAGAGCUGCUUCUGCAUCAGCCUUCAGUGAUGAGAGUGAGACUGAUUAUCUUCAGGCUUCUAUUGCUGCCAUGGAUGAAAGACUAAGUUCGUAUGCACUUAUAGCUCGAGCAGCUAUUAGUGUUACUGUUCCCUUACUGACAAGACUCUUCUCUGAGAAAUUUGCCCGUCUACAACAGGGCAGAGGCUUUAGCGAUCCAACUCAAACUUUGGAAGAGCUCUACUCACUUUUGUUAAUAACUGGGCAUGUUCUAGCUGAUGAAGGACAGGGUGAAACACCAUUGGUGCCUGAUGCUAUACAAUCCCAAUUUAUGGAUGUUAUGGAGACGGACAAGCAUCCAGUUGUCAUACUUUGUGGAUCAAUAAUAAAAUUUGCUGAGCAGAGUUUAAAUUCAGAGAUGAGAGCGUCGUUCUUUAGUCCAAGGCUAAUGGAGGCAAUUGUAUGGUUCCUUGCAAGAUGGUCGGCUACUUAUCUGAUGCCACCUGAUGAAAAUAAGGAGAAUGCAUCUUCAGAUAAUCUCAAGGCAAAACAUCACAAAAAAGUAUUGCUUAAUUUUUGUCAAGAGGACAACCAGGGGAAAGCUGUGCUUGACCUUAUUAUUCACAUUUCAAUGACAUCACUCAUUUCAUAUCCUGGAGAGAGGGAUUUGCAGGCACUAACUUGCCAUGAGUUGCUUCAUGGACUUGUUCGGCGGAAGAAUGUUUGUGUGCACCUUGUUGAAUUGCAGUCUUGGCGUGAAUUGGCAAAUGCUUUUGCAAAUGAACAAACUUUAUUCUCGCUAAAUGCUGCUCACCAGGCUCCACAUGCGGAAACCAAAUUGAGUUUGCUUAUUUUGGAAACAUGGAAAGUUCACGCCUAAAUCUGGUUGGUAUAGUGGACAAUCACAAAAAAUAUAAUUGGUGCUAGAAUUCUUCCCCCCGGAAAGCAGUUGGUAACUGCAAAACAAAAUAAAGUGUUUCUUGCAAUAAUUCACACUUAAAGGAAUCUAUUCUCAAUCACCAAAAAGAGAUAUGGUGGUGGAAAUCUCAAGGACAUUAUCCAUGUAACUUGUAUUAGCAGAAUAAUGACAGAGGGUGUUGCUCAUGAAUAAGUAACUGGGUUGCUUGUUGGAAGCAAAAUGGUGCGUAGCAAUCCUAGAGGGAUGACCGGCACUUGAAUAGUCGUCUGGAAAUAAAGGCAGCGGUUGUCAAAGAGAGGAUCACUGUCGAGCACCCAAAGAGAGAACAAAAGAAGAAAGUAUUGGUCUGACAAGCGCCAUGUAUUCCAGUACCGCCCAUCGGUAGCGGAAUCUAUUUCUGUCUCUACCAAGAUUGUAGAGGCUCUGAUACCAUGUGAAAAUAGAAAAGAAGUUCAUUGACUUGGAGCCCGUUUGGAUAGCUGAAUAAAAGUAGCUUUUAAGCACUUGGGCUUAAAAGCACCUUUGAAGUGCGGGAGCUGAAUUUAAAAUGUGUUACCGGUUUGGCUAGAAGUGCUAAAACUGAAAAUAAGCAGUUGAUGUGUUUGGUGGAAAAGUGCUUAUCAACUGAAUUUCCGUUAAAAUGACUAAACUGCCCUUAAAGCUAGUAACACCAAAAAUGAGCUUAUUUUUUGCAGGAUUUUAAAAUUUAAAUAAUUCAAAUAUGAAUUAAGUUGUGUCUCAACUCACUUUAUGUUACAAAUUGAUUUAAAAAGUAUUUUUUUAUAAAAUUAAUUAUCUUUUUUAAAUAACAUUUAAUAUCUUUAGUUAUAUAAAACUCACCACCCAAACGUGUUAGCUGUGGUAGCAGAUUUUCAUUCUUUAACCAUGAAAUUCAGCCAAAGUGGGAACGAUUCUAUAUGUACCAAUGGAAAACGAUACUAAAGGUAAUUCUGAUACAAAUUAGCUAUACAUAUUGUUGGUAAUGAUUAGAGAUGAAUUUUCUUUAGGAAAUCAAAUUUAUGGAGCAUAGGAGCAAACGACAGUCUCUGAAAUUGAAAACAACAAAAUUCUUAGAAGCCGAUGAUGGCAACAACAGAAGAAUCGACAAAAGAAGAAGAAAAUAGUGGGGUUAGGUUUCUGGGAAUUUGUUGUUAAGGUAAUAUCUUUCGGGAAAUCUAAUCAAAGAACCCCCAAUUCAGGAACUACAGAAAAACAAGAACCAAAAAAUGCCAAAUAACAGAAUCAAUUUAUCAGGAAAAAAAAUUAAAGACGAUUCGACCCCAAAAAGACCACAUUCUUUAGGCAAAGGAAAAUACCAAAAGUUAUACGUUACUGGUAACCCAUUAUCACAAAUUUAUUUGAAAACACCAAAAAAAAAAAAAAUGGAGGCAGAGCUGGAUGAUGAAAAAGGAUAUUUGAAUUUGGGCUUUUGCUGUAAUGGAGUUUUAGGUUUAUAAGAAAUAUAAGGAGGAUUAGAAUGUAAAAUAUAUGGUCAAACUAAGAGAGCUUUUAAGCCAAAAAGCAUUAAGUUUGGUUUGCUCUACUUAGAGCUUGUGAAGCGGUAGAGAAAAUAAGAGAGAACUCGGCUUGAUUAUUCCCUCAAGCUAUUGGGGUUUAAAUAGCCAUGUACAUGUCCUAAAAAGGAAAGAAUAUCAAUACAAAUCAAUACUACUUAUACAAGAAGUAAAUUAAGCUA